ACCUUUUCACCAGUUGCAGAUGUAACCUCGGGAACUCCUGGGUCUGUGGGCUUGUUUGCCAAACAAAGUCUUUUCUUCUUUGGCUCAGACACUAAAGAGGCUCCUGGAUUUUUCUGUCAUCCUGCCACAAGCCACUCGGGAGCCUGCCCAAGGAGCUGGCGGAGCAAUGAGCCCUUCAGCGCGGAGGAUGGGCGAAGGGCGACAGCUGCGAGGGGCUCCGGCGGGGAGGCGAGGGUCACCCCGCAGGCGGCCGGGAGGCGGCGGUGGCGCCAGGGCGCAGCGCUUCCUGCUCGGGCUCUUCAUGCACGCGUGGAUGUGGGCGGCCUCGGGCUCCUCUGCCCAGGUGUUCAACCUCAGCCUUUCCGUGGACGAGGGACUUCCUCCGGACACUCUAGUCGGUGACAUUCGCGCCGGGCUGCCUGCGGCGCAGCAACAGGAGGGGGGCGGCUUCUUUCUGUCCGAGGAUUCAGAUGACUCCCCGCUGCUGGACGACUUCCACGUGCAUCCGGACACGGGCAUCAUCCGCACGGCGAGACGUCUGGACCGCGAGCAGCGGGACUACUACAGCUUCGUGGCCGCCACCCUGCUGGGCGCAGUGGUGCAGGUGGAGAUCCGCGUCAACGACGUCAACGACCACUCGCCCCGCUUUCCCCGAGACUCCCUGCAGCUUGACGUCUCGGAGCUCAGCCCUCCCGGCACGGCUUUUCGCUUGCCCGGCGCCCACGACCCCGACGCGGGGCUGUUCAGCACACAGGGCUACACCCUGGUGCAACCGUCCGACCUUUCCGAGGACCCCGCGGGACCCUUCUUCCAGUUGCGCUAUGGGACCCCCGGGUCACCGCCUUCGCCGCCGUCCUCGUCGCCCCUGGAACCCCUGGACCUGGUGCUGCUGCGGCGCUUGGACCGAGAGGCGGCGGCCGCCCACGAGCUGCAGAUCGAGGCGUGGGACGGCGGCCGCCCUCGGCGCGUGGGCUCCCUGCGCGUGGAGCUACGCGUGCUCGAUGAGAACGACAAUCCCCCGGUCUUUGAGCAGGACGAGUACCGCGCCGCCGUGCGCGAGGACGCCCGGCCGGGGGCCGAGGUCUGCCGCGUGCGCGCCACCGACCGUGACCUGGGGGCCAACGGCUACUUCUCCGUGGAGGAGCUGAGCGGCGUGGUGCGGGUGCAAAGGCCGCUGGAUCGCGAGGCUCAGGCCUGGCACCAGCUGGUCGUCGAGGCCCGCGACGGAGGUGCGGAGCCCGAGGUCGCCACCGUGAGGGUGUCCGUAGCCGUGCUGGACGUGAACGACAACCGGCCGGCCAUUCACCUGCUGUUCCUCACCGAGGGGGGCGCAGCGCGAGUCUCAGAAGGGGCCCGGCCUGGCGACUACGUGGCUCGGGUGUCGGUGUCCGACGCGGACGGCGACCCGGGCAAGGAGGCGGCGGCAGCUGGGGAGCCCGAUAUCAGCUUUGGGGACAGGACCAUCUCUCUGACCUUGGAGGGCGCAGAGGGGGCCUUCGCGCUGAGGCCCGGCGGCUCCCCAGGGGUAUUUUUCCUUUGCGUGGACGGGCCCCUGGACAGGGAGAGCAGAGACCUGUAUGAUUUACGACUGGUGGCCACGGACGCUGGGUCUCCGCCGCUGAGCACGGAGGAGACGCUGCUGCUGCGGGUCGCCGACCUCAACGACCAGCCGCCUCUCUUCAGCCAGGAGCGUUACCAGGCCUCGGUCUCGGAGGCCGCGGCCCCUGGCACCGCAGUCCUGUGGGUCAGCGCCUCCGACGCGGACGAGGCUGGCACCAGCCACGCCCAGGUGCGCUACCAGCUGGCCCACCUCCCUGCCCGCUGCGGCCAGGAGGCCCUGCGGCCCGCAGCGGAGUGCGCACCGUCCUUCGCUAUCGAUCCCCAAAGCGGCCUGAUCAGUACCAUCCGGAGUCUGGACCGAGAAGUCCAGGAGGCUGUAGAGCUGAGAGUGGUGGCCCAAGACCUGGGAGAGCCCCCGCUAUCUGCCACCUGCCUGGUGGGCAUCACCGUGGACGACGUGAAUGACAACGAGCCCGUCUUCUGGAGGCAGGUGUACAACGCCACCCUUGUGGAGCACGCGCCCGUUGGACACUGCUUUCUGCAGGUAAAAGCCUCAGAUGCGGAUGCAGGACUCUAUGGCCUGGUCCAGUAUUCUCUUUAUGACGGAUUCCAAAGCUACGAAGCACCUCAAGCCUUCCAGAUUGACCCACGUGAUGGAUGGAUCUGUGUUUCUCAAGAUAUCGACAGGGAAAGGGAUCCAGCCACCUAUGAUCUCUUGGUGAAAGCAAGAGAUGGGGGUGGAUUAAGCGCCCAAGCUUUUGUCCGUGUGGAACUGGAGGACGCAAAUGACAAUGAGCCUGUGUUUCACCCAUCCUCCUAUGUGCUGAGCAUUAGUGGCCAGACCCAGCCAGGAACGGAGAUCGUCAAUGUCCUUGCCACUGACAGGGACUCUGGGAUAUAUGGAGCCGUGGCUUAUGAGCUCAUCCCCACUGACCUGUCCUUCCUUUUUUCCAUCGACUCGACCACAGGAAUUAUUUACUUAACAUCGACUCUUAGUCAUUUGGAAUCUGCUGCACUUCUGUUGAUGGUCCGUGCUCGAGAUGGUGGCGGGCUCACAUCUGUCAUUAAUGCCGAUGUCACUAUACACAUACUUCAGACCACUCUGGCACCCGCUGAAUUUGAAAGGCCCAAGUACACUUUCUCAGUUUAUGAAGAUGUGCCCGAAGACAGUCCUGUUGGAAUGGUGAAAGCGAAAGAGUCCUUGAAUUCCUCAGAACCAAUAUUUUACAGAAUCUCCUCUGGCGAUCUGCAAGGAAAGUUCUCUAUUCACCCGUGGCUGGGCACCAUUCGAACCCAGAAGCCCCUGGAUCACGAAACGCAACCGGUGGUGGUGCUCACCGUCCAGGCGCAGCUCGGCAGCUCCCCCGCCUGCAGCAGCACGGAGGUCAACAUAACUGUAAUUGAUGUCAACGACAACAGUCCAGUGUUCCCCAAGGCCUCGGACGAGGUGAAAGUAUCCCAGAUCACGCUGCCUGGCACGGCCUUGUACCGCGCGCGGGCAGAAGACAAGGACAGCGGCUGGAACGGCUUCGUCCGGUACUCCCUUGCAAGCCAGAGCCCCCGCAUCUUUUCCGUGGACUCGGGCCUGGGGGUGGUGUACCUCAACGGCAGCCUGGCAGGCGAUGUGCCCCAGGAGCACACCCUCACUGUCGUGGCCCAGGACCUCGGCAUUCCUCCUCGUGCCUCCCUGUUCGUGCUCACAGUAGUUACCGAAAAACAAGAAUCGAGCCCAUCCUUGAUUUUUGGAAAUUUGGUCUAUCAAGUAGAAGUUAGUGAGUCUCUCCCACUGACGACCCAAAUCCUGCAAGUACAGGCCUAUCGGCUUGGCCCCCAGCGCAAAGCCUCCCCGCUUCUGUACUCGCUGGCGCCCAGCACCGACUCGGCCGUGUUUGCCAUUCACCCUUACACAGGCUGGAUUUAUCUGCGGCGACAGCUCGACUAUGAAUCCACCGAAACAUAUAAUUUAAGAGUGUUUGCCUGGAUCGCGGAGGACAGGUUGUCACAAAAUGUGAGCACUUCAGUAAUUGUUCAUGUCCUGGAUGAGAAUGACAAUCCCCCUACCUUCUUGCAUGAUGUGUUGUUUUUGAAAGUGAAGGAGAGUCCCCUGCCCCAAGGGGUAAUAGGCAAAAUUACAGCAAUUGACAGAGACUCGGGAAGGAACGGACAGCUGACAUAUUUCCUUUUGUCUGAUGGAAAAUUCUUCAAGAUGAAUCCUCAUACAGGCGAGCUGAUCAGUUGGGUGGCACUGGAUCACGAGGAUCAGGUGCACCAUCAGGUGACUGUCCUGGUGACUGACCAUGGUUCCCCGCCACGAAACGCCAGCAUGGUGGUUUAUGUCUUGGUUACUGACAUCAAUGAUAACAGGCCGUAUUUCCCGCAGUGUCUCCCUGGAAAGGAAUUACACAUCAAGGUUCUAGAAGGUCAGCCAGUAAAUAUGUUGGUCACAACUGUGUUUGCAAAGGAUUUUGAUGAAGGAAACAAUGCAGAAGUUACAUAUUCAGUAUCUUCAGAAGAUGGGUCUGAUCACUUCAAGAUUGAUGCCAACAGUGGUGAAAUAAGAACAACCACAAUACUUUUGUAUGAUUAUAGAUCUUCCUACAGGAUGACUGUAAUUGCCAGUGACCAGGGAGUGCCUCCUCUUCAUGGACAGGCAGUUAUUAAUAUUCAGGUGAUACCGCUAUCCAAAGGGAGAGCUACCAUUCCUCAGAAUAUCAGACAUUUAGUUAUACCGGAAAACUUGAAGCCCACAAAAAUAAUGAGCUUGAUAAAGCCACCUGAUCACUUUCAACAACAUCAUAAUGGAAAGCUACAUUUUACUAUCUCUGCAGAUGACAAGGAUGGUCACUUUGAGAUCGACAGCUCAACGGGGGACUUGUUCCUUUCUAAGGAACUUGAUUAUGAAAUGACAUCUCAUUAUCUUUUCAGGGUGGUCACUAAAGACCAUAGCAGAAAUCCUCCCCUGUAUAGCACAGUCUUCCUCAGCAUCGAUGUGGAUGACCAGAACGACCACUCCCCUUCUUUCCAAGAUGAGUUCAUUGUGAUAAGCGUAGAAGAGAAUGUCCCUGUAGGAACCCUGGUGCACGCCUUCAAUGCCAAAGAUGGAGAUGGCAGUUUUUUGAACAGCAGAAUACAAUACUUCAUUGAAUCCCACCACCCCGGAAUCAAUCCAUUUCUCAUCCACCCCUCAUUUGGCACCUUGGUCACUGCAUCCCCCCUCGACAGAGAGAGGGUUCCGACUGUUGUCCUGACAAUCACUGCAUCUGAUCAGGCUGUGAAUGUGACAGACCGGCGACUGAGAUCGCUAAUGGCCAAGGUAGUGAUUUUGGAUGUAAAUGACCACAGCCCCACUUUUAGGUCUUUCCCCAUCGCUCAUGUCAGAGAGGAUGCCACAGUGGGCUCCUUGGUGCACCACGUAACUGCUCAAGAUCCAGAUGAAGGAAGGAAUGGAAGAGUAACAUACAGCAUACUCUCAGGAAAUGAAAACAUGGCCUUUAUGCUAGAUGAGUCAUCAGGCUUACUAACUACAGCUUGUUCUUUGGAUUAUGAAGUGAAAACUCAGCACGUUCUGACCCUCCUGGCCCUGGAUGACGGCGCCCCGGCACUUUCUUCCUCCCAGACUUUGACAAUUACUGUUCUUGACGUAAACGAUGAGGUCCCAGUAUUUAAGCAGCACCUGUAUCAAGCUUCAGUUAAAGAAAACCAGAAUCCAGGGGAGUUUGUCACAAAGGUUGAAGCUAUGGACAGAGAUUCAGGAAUCAAUGCCAAGCUUCGGUUUGAAAUCAUGCCAGGUGCAUCGUCUGGGCUGUUCGAGAUAAAUGCUGACACUGGAGAGGUGGUGACAGCCACCACACUUGACAGAGAAGUUCAGGAAGUCUUCACCCUCCGAGUUCUUGUUCGAGACGGGGGAGCCCCUUCAUUGUCUGGCACCACGACCAUUGUCUGUGCUGUGGAAGAUGAAAACGAUCAUGCUCCGAAGAUUACUGCCCCCACGCGUGACAUAGAGGUUCUGGAAAACCAAGAGCCGGCAGUUGUCUACACUGUUUUGGCCUUCGAUAUGGAUACUGGCAAUAAUGGAGCUGUCACGUUUCAUAUAAUUGAUGGGAAUACUGCUGAAUACUUUGCUAUUAAUGAAACGUCAGGAGAACUCUCAACCACUCGCGCUUUGGACCGGGAGCAGGUGGGCCGCUUCGCCCUUGCCAUCCUGUGCUCUGACCUGGGGGAUCCACCCAGAAGCUCCCUCGUGCAGUUGCAAGUCAGAGUCUUGGACGACAACGACCACAGCCCUUCCUUCCCCACGCCUCAGUACCAGUCCUUCGUGAGAGAAGACGCUGAAGUGGGAACGGUGGUGCUUGUGCUGGCCGCCGUGGACCACGACCAAGGCCCCGGCGGGCAAGCUGAGUACCUCCUGGCGGAGGAGGCUGCGGGCGCCUUCACCGUGGACCCCGUGGCGGGCACCUUGAGAACCGGCCACGCCCUGGACCGGGAGGCCCGCUCUCAGCAUACAUUUCGGGCUGUGGCCAGAGACUGUGGUGUCCAGGGCUCAAGAAGCAGCACAGUGAUGAUAAAAGUACAUGUCACUGAUGUUAAUGACAAUGAUCCAGUUUGGGACCAGAACCCCGUAGAGAUUUUUCUUUCCCCUCAGUCACCUAUAAACGAGACUAUUGCCGUUCUGAGAGCCAGUGAUCCAGACUUGGGGCCCAAUGGAACUGUCACCUUUAGUUUUGCAGAGACCCAGUCAAUGUUCUCUAUUAAUAAAUAUACAGGAGAGGUUCAACUUCAGCAAAACCCAUCUUCAGAAUAUUUUCCAAUCUGGCUGCAGCUUAAAGUUAUGGACCAAGGAGUCCCAGCUAGGACAGCUAUUGGUCUCUUUGUCAUUCGCAUGGAAGGACAGGAUAUAAAAAUGGCCUUCAGCCACCAUCUGUAUGAAGGGGUUGUGACCGAAAAUUGCGAGGCAGGUACUUCUAUCGUGACUGUAAAAGCUUUCGCUCCUGACGCAAUUCAAGAUAGCAUUAAAUAUUCAAUUUUUAGUGGAAAUGAAGAUGGAGUUUUUUCCCUCUGCUCCAACUCAGGAGAACUCACUGUGAAAGAACCCAAGUUUCUCGAUUUUGAAGUCAGAAAUGAAGUACGACUCAUCGUUUUAGCUGAAAGCAGUGGGCAUAGAGCCUACAGCAAAGUAGCCGUCUUGAUACAAGAUGUGAAUGAUAAUUUACCACGCUUUGGUCAAAGCGUUUACCAUGUGUCAGUGUCUGAAGGCCAGUUCUAUGAUGCUCAUAUCAUACAGGUUUUAGCCACUGACCUGGACAGCGGGUUGAACGGCCUCCCUGAGUACUCCAUCCUCGCCGGCAACCAAGGACAGGUGUUCCACAUCGACGCCCUGAGCGGCGUGAUAACAGCACAGGGCCUUCUGGAUUACGAGUCCACCAGCUCCUACAGCUUGAUUGUGCAAGCCACAGAUAAAGGGAUGCCCAGGCUUUCUGGUACAAGUGUGGUCAAGAUCCAGGUGACUGAUGUAAAUGACAAUGCCCCAGUGUUUCUACCCCCUGAAGCAGUGGAAAUUGCAGAAAAUUCUUUGCCUGGUGUGAUUGUGACUCAAAUAUCAGUUCACGAUGUGGAUUUGAAUCCAGCUUUCAUCUUCAGUUUCGCGAAAGGCAGUAAUCCUGGAAGCAAGUUUGCUAUUGAUCAGAGCACUGGAGUAGUGGUGCUAGUGAAAACAUUGGAUUUUGAAGAAGCUACUGAACAUGAGCUGCUUAUCCAAAUUUCUGAUUCGGUGCACCACACAGAGGGAGCACUCAUCGUCCGUGUGUUGGACGUCAAUGAUAACCCACCAGUAUUUUCUCAAGAUUCUUACCAGGUCACCAUUCCAGAGUCGGUGCCUGUGGGGUACUCCGUGCUGACUGUGGCAGCCACCGACGCAGAGAGCCAUGAGUACGUUUCUUAUAGAAUUCUUUCCCCUUCUGAGGAAUUCUCCAUUGAUCCUAUGAACGGCACGAUAUUUAUUAUUAAGCCUAUAUUACUUCUGGAUGAAAAAUCAACAGUUCAACUUCUUAUUGAAGCCAGUGAUGGUGGAAUUCCUGACCUGAGGGCUCUUACCUUAGUGGAGAUAGAAAUACAGGAUAUGAACAAUUACGCCCCUGAGUUUGCGGUAGACUAUUACAAUCUUAGCUUGAGUGAAGAUGCCCAAAUCGGAGGUACACUUGUCACCUUUUCAACCACUGACCAUGACUGGACCCCUGAAAACACACAUGUUGAAUAUUCAAUCAUCAGUGGUAAUUCACAGAACAACUUCCGCUUGGAAACCAGUUUCAUUCACUCAGAAUAUCCUUAUAAGCAAGUUGGGUAUCUGGUGUUGCUUCACAAUCUGGACAGAGAAGCAUCUGCCAGUCAUAAGCUUGUCAUUCUGGCGUCUGACCGUGGCUGCCCCCCACUGAGUUCCACCGCCACUGUGUCAAUAGAAGUGCUUGACGUCAAUGAUAACCCACCUACAUUCAGCAGCCUCAGAUACCAUGCCCAUGUCAAGGAAAGUACCCCUCCAGGGAGUCACGUCACUGUGGUCUCAGCCAGUGACCGUGAUGAGGGUUCACAUGCAGAAAUCAUCUACCACAUAAUCUCUGGAAACGAGAAGGGGCAUUUUUACCUAGAAGAAAGAACUGGAGUUCUUUAUUUGAGUAAACCUUUGGAUUAUGAAGAAAUGAUAAAAUUUACUUUAACUAUCCAAGCUUCAGAUGAAGAAAAAAAGCAUUUUUCUUUUGCAGUUGUGUUUGUUGGUGUCCAAGAUGAUAAUGACCAUGAACCUCAGUUUCUGUUCCCAAGCUUGAACUGUGUUGUUCCGGAAAAUCUGCCUGUUUUCUCCACCAUAUGUUCUGUAAAUGCUUUGGAUUUUGACGCAGGUCCUUAUGGAGAAUUGACCUAUUCUAUUUUAUCCGCCUGUUCUGUCACUCAUGGGGUGCGGCGUGACCAUGAUCCCUUCCUCAUUGACCCUCUGACAGGGGAUAUUCAUGCUAAGCAAGUCCUUGACUAUGAAAAUGACAAUAAGUAUUGCCUCACGGUUCAGGCAAAAGACAAAGGUGACUCAACUGCUUCUUUAACGGUUUGGGUGGAUAUUGAAGGGAUAGAUGAAUUUGAACCCAUUUUCACUCAAGAUCAAUAUUUUUUCAACCUCCCAGAAAACAAUAACAUACGACAGUUGAUUGGCAGAGUGGAAGCAUCAGAUGCAGAUGCUGGGAUCGAUGGUGUUGUUCUCUACUCCCUUGAAACUCCGUCUCCUUUCUUUUCAGUAAAUAAAACUAACGGAAAUAUUUAUUUGACUAAAGCCCUUCCCCUCAUUAGAAGUCAAGUCGGCAAGGAAGACACCAUUGAAAUGAAAAUAAUCGCUCAUAGCCCUAAACAGGACUCCAGGUUCGCCUCUUGUACUGUUCUUGUCAACGUGUCUCUGUCCUCGGAGGGACAUCGCUGGGCGCUGACAGCCAGCCGCUUCUCGGUCGGCCUGGCCGUCGCCUUUCUCGUGUUCCUGUUACUCGUGUUCAUUCUGAUCGCCCUGGUCUUAAGACAUAAGCAGAAAGACGCCAUGAAGAGCCACGGCGACAAGAAAGCGCCGUCGCCCUUGGGUAUCGGCGGGAGGCUGAGCAGGGAGGCGGGCGCGGACAAGGAGAUCCAGCGGAUAAACGAGCACCCUUACAGGAAGGGCUCGGGCUCGGGCUCGGGCUCGGCGCUGAGCGGCCGCGAGUCCCGCGUGCCCGACUCGGGCGUCCCGCGGGACUCGGACCAGCUCUCCUGCGUGUCCGGGGACACCGACGGGGUGGGGGACAGGGAUGGCGGAGAGGGCGGUGGCGCAGCCUGCGUUCAAGGUCAGGUGGCACCCCAGCCGCUGAAGAAGAGAGAGGGCAGAGCGGACGUGCUGGCCGAGGCCAGCAAAGGGCCCGCCUCCACCCCAGGCGACCCAGAAGCAAGGCGUGCGGCUCGUUCAGCACAGAGACCCUCGGGCGGUGGCGAGAGAGGCAGCUGUCGCUGGGAUUACCUCCUCAGUUGGGAGCCCAGGUUCCAGCCUCUUGCCUCGGUGUUUAAUGAUAUUGCGAAACUGAAGGACGAACAUUUACAUAAACCUGGAAUUCCCAAAGAGAAGAAAUCUUUUAUCCUCCCGCCCCCUUUGAUAACAGCGGUAGCCCAACCCGGGAUUAAAGCAGUGCCACCGAGAAUGCCAGCCGUCACCCCAGGGCAGGCACUUCAGAAGUACCCGCAGUCCCCCCUUCUCUACCAUCUCAGUUCUCUGCCUGAGGCCAUGACCCCCAGUUUUUCUCCAUCCCUUUCCCUAUUGACAACACAGACCCCGGCCACGACUCCGCUGCUGUCGCCUGGAGAUUUCUUAGGAACACGUCUAAGUGACACCUGCCGUGAACUUAAAGCAGAGGACGAAGUUCAACUAUAA